GAUCCCCCACCCGCCCGUCCAGCUCCAGCCCCAACCCUCCCAUCCCCCGACGCCGCCCCCCAGACCUCCGCCUCUCGUCGCCACCUCCUCGCGGCCCGCCUCCGCCACCCUCCUGCCGCCGCAAGCCCGCAGCGCCGCCACCCACUGGCAAGCCACACAGCCCCCUUUCCCCACCUCGAUCUCGCACGCGGCACGCCUAGGGUUUCGUCUCGUCGCCCUCCUCCACCGCCACGAUGCCGAAGAACAAGGGUAAGGGAGGCAAGAACCGGAAGCGGGGUAAGAACGAGGCGGACGACGACAAGCGCGAGCUGGUCUUCAAGGAGGACGGGCAGGAGUACGCGCAGGUGACCCGCAUGCUCGGCAAUGGCCGCUGCGAGGCCAUCUGCGUCGACGGCACGCGCCGCCUCUGCCACAUCCGGGGCAAGAUGCACAAGAAGGUCUGGAUCGCGGCGGGCGACAUCGUCCUCGUCGGCCUCCGCGACUACCAGGACGACAAGGCCGACGUCAUCCUCAAGUACAUGAACGACGAGGCGCGCCUGCUCAAGGCCUACGGCGAGCUCCCCGAGACGCUCAGGCUCAACGAGGGCGUCGACGUCGACGGGCCCGAGGACGGCGAGGAGGGCAGCGACUACAUCCAGUUCGAGGACGAGGACAUCGACAAGAUCUAAGAUUCCUGUUUCUCCUCGCGGCUACUUUCUUAUAUGUAACUUAUUGUUAUGUGUUCUAGUGCCAUGUGGUGAUAUGGUUUAGGCUGGCUGUUAUGGAUUUGCACUUUUGCCAGCAUAAUCUUGUGAUGCGACGAGAUGUGGUUAGGAUCUGAGGUGGUUAAAUAAUCGCGGAUUAAUAUCGUUCCAAUCUGGUACAUGCUGUUAUUACAACAA